CCGAAAGGAUCGAAUGACUCGCGCCGGAAACCGUCCAGCUACGAAAUAAUCAUAAAGAGAAUCCGUAAGUCUUGUAACGUUUUGUCUCUGAACAGUUUGGUAAGACAUAUCUUCACGUUGCCUUGGUUGGGGAACGUCUGCUGUUUCCGUUUUCGGUUUCUGUCGACACUAAAGCUAAGUUGAAUACUAUGAGUCACGGUUCCCGUAUCGGUUUUGUGGUGUUUGGCUUGGGUCGAGCAGGUAUCAUCCAUUCCACGAACCUCAUACGAAACCCACAGGCAACCCUGAAAUGGAUCGUAGAUAUUGACGAAGACAAGGCCAAGAAGUUCGUGAAAGAAAAUUUCACGGAUACACAAGUUAUUGCCCCAUCCGACAUGGACAGAGCGUUACUUGACCCAACCGUGCAGGCUGCAGUGGUAGCCACUCCAACUGACAUGCACGAGGAUAUUGCGAUGCGAUGUUUACGAGCGGGAAAAGCUGUCUUCUGUGAGAAACCAAUUGCUCCUACCUUAGAGGCUAUAGGGAAUUGUUACAAAGAAGCCGACAGCCAACACCUUCCAUUACUGUGCGCUUUCAACAGACGAUUCGAUCCAACAGUUCGGUCUGUGUUCGACAGAGUUCGAAAAGACGACAUUGGCAACAUUCAGGUCGUUAAGACAACCAGUCGGGACUCUCCCCUGCCAUCAGAAGGUUUUCUAAGGAUUUCCGGGGGAAUCUUCCAUGACUGCUGCGUUCAUGACGUAGACGUCAUAUGCUGGAUGCUGGGUGAAGCUCCUCAUACAGUCUUCUGUCUCGCCCAUGCCUUCCAUGCGCACAUCGGAGCCAUGAAUGAUGUAGAUACAGUUGGAGUGGUCAUGAAAUUUCCAAGUGGCGCCAUCGGUCAGAUAGAUCUGUCACGUCAUGCUGUUUAUGGCUAUGAUCAACGUGUUGAAGUAUUUGGAUCUGGUGGAAUGCUCACCAGUGACAAUCAAAGCAGUCUCUGUGCCACCUAUUUUCACGCAAGUGGGAGCACACAGAAUCCCAUCAAAGUUUCCUUUCCACAACGAUAUUCCGAAGCUUAUGAGUUAGAAAUGAAUCACUUUAUCGACGUAAUCAAACGCAAAGAUGACUUGCUCAUCUCCAAAGAUGAUGUACUACGUUCAUUCACCGUCGUGGAAGCUAUUGAGAAGUCUUUCCAGACCGGACAACCAGUCAGUUUAUGAAAAGAGAUGAUUGAUAAGAAAUGAAAUCUGAAAUAUGGCAAUUACUGGUGGUUUUUGGCCAUAUAUUCUGAAAAUUUUAAGCGGUUAAUUUUACUGAUUUUCGUCUUUUCUAGUGGUGAAAAAAUUUACUCAUAACUUCUAAAUGCAGAUUUAGAAGAAGAAGAAGUAAUUUAGAAUUACAUUUAACUAUAAAACAUUGCGAUAAAAUAUUUCUUAAAAGCAUUUUAAGAUUGCCAAAAAACGACGUUUUCGUGCCCAUUCUAUGAACGAUGAAGAUAUAUCGGUCUUAAUAAUAAAGAUGCAGAUUAUGUCAGGUAAGAGACCAGUAUGUCUUCAUUAUUCAUAGAAUGGGUACGGAUCUCAUCAGCAAAGGCAAAGGCGUCAGUGAUUGUUUCU